UUUAUUGAAUCAUUCACCAUGAACCAUUUAGUUAUUGUUAUAUUCUUAGCUAUUACAGCUACCGUAGCGUCUGUGCCAUUACCAAGCUCAGCCAUCGAAUGCCACCUACGUCAUUUAGUGGCACCGUGCGCGUGCUACAACCCGAUCGAAAACCACAUAAUUGUGGGUUGCCAAAAUGACAACAUGGACUAUAGUCAAAUUAGACAAAUCUUUUACUUAAUAAAACAAAAGUUUGCUUUGGAAACAGUGGAAGCGGUAUAUCUACGCUCACCAACUGUCACGGAAUUGGGCUCGACACAAUUGGCCGGUGUUCGCACCAAGAGCAUCUACAUCGAAAAUAUGCACUCGCUGAAAACCAUCGACAUCAACGCGUUUAAUGGGACCGAAAAGCUUGUACAGCGUCUGGAGAUCCGAAACACACCGGUAGGUGAAUCGCUGGGCCCUCAGCACGAUAUGUUCAAGGUCAUCAAUAAGAUGGUUAACUUGGAGCACGUGAUCAUUAGUAAUACUAGCCUUAAAAGAGUGAGUGAAGACGCAUUUUUAAAUAAACAAAAAUUACGUGAAAUCCGAAUGACCGGGAACAAACUUAAACGCAUUGAACCUUCUGCAUUUCAAACCCUGCCACAAUUGAGCGUGCUUGAUUUAAGCAACAACACCAUUGAUUAUAUCGGUUACAGGGCAUUUGCCCUAAGUCUUAAACCCACCCCCGAUGCUAAGGAACUGGAACUCCGGUUAGACAACAAUACUCUGAAUGAUAGGUCAUUUGAUGGGGAGUACGUGUUUGGUGAUUAUGGUACGAGUUUUAAUCGCGCAGUAUGGUUGGUAUUGGAUGGCAACCAUUUGACUACUCUGAGCGAGGAGACAUUUAUGCCGUACUUUAAUGCCAACCCAAUGAAUACAAUAACAGUGGACAUAAAUUGCGGCAAUUGCAGUAACUAUUGGUUAGUGUCCGAUGCUGUCGAUCGUAAACAUACCCAAGAGAUCACGUGUAAUGGCGACCAUAAGGAUAUAAAGUCCUAUGAUUGGUCAAGGUGCUAAC